UAAUAGGUAACCUAUUUUUCAGCUUGGUGUAUUAAGAACGUUACCAGAGUAGGAUGAACUCUGAAGGCUGGGCGAGGAUGCUGCAGUUGGGAGAGUCAUCUGAGGUCAGCACUCGUCGAUUGACCAAAUAACAGUAGUGUGUUGCGAGAGCUGUCCAGUCAGAUGUGGUCAGCUACCGAAGGUCGGGCAUCUCUAAGGGAAGUGACGGUGACUUUACCUCGUGCCUGGCGAACUGACGCCCUCACCUGCUCUCUCCUGACGCCCCUGAUGCCUUCGUCGUCACCUACAGAGGGUCACAUCCGCGUCACUGCGCCCCAUCCGGUGUUUGGAGCGCGGCCGUGGACACAGCAAACUCAAGGAUGCGGCCGGCCGGGAGACUUUAUCCAGAUGGGCGGCGAUCUCCUGCGAGCUGCUAGUAAUGACUCCCACUCUCACGUCGCCCGUUUGCUUCUGACGGAAUGGGCGAAGUUCCGCUGGGGGGUGUUUGACGAGCGCGGACAUACCAACGAUCCACUCUACCCUCCCACCUUCAGGGACCCCAACACCCACCAGUGGGCGGCGACAGGGUGCGCUGACGGUGCCAUAAAGGGCACUACGUGUGAUCCCUCACAGCCUGGGUGUUCUUUCUCUCCAGAGUCCUACAGCAACAACCACCUCAGCACCUCCAUCCUCUCCUUCCCGGAGCUUCCCACAGUUCGACUGCUGUGUAACGGAAAGAACCACAACAGAGUCUCACCUACCAAACACAACGCGUUGUGCGGGGGACGUUCAGCCUGGGAGAUCAUCCAACAGACUCCAGACUUCUCUGGAGGGAGAAACUCUGCCAGCAAUGGGAGCCGAGGGCUGGAGCCCAUCCUGAGGUUUGUCCAGCAAGCCAACCCUCGAUACGUCAUUGUUAUUGAAGACACAGCCACCAUGAAUCUACAGCGGCGUUGGGAGUUCCUGCGCAAGGCGAUGCGUCGGGUGGUGGUGUACGAUGUUCCUAACGGCGCCCACGUGGGCGUAGUGACUUUCCACUCAGUGGCACGGACUGUGGCCCCUCUAACCUACAUCGAAAGUGACGACUCAGACAUGAGACAGAGAGUAGGUUCCUCCCUGCCUCGCAACCCCUCGCCUGUUCCUGAGAGUCACAAGUGCAUUCUUUGUGGGAUGCAGGAAGCAUUGAGAGUCCUGGAUGCUGAUGGCAAGAACGCUGAUGGUGCUACUCUCAUCUUAAUCACCACCGGCUCAGGCCCGACGCCACAGAGGGAAGUAGACGAGAUGACGCGUUUGGCUGAGCAGAGACUACUGAAGAUCGAAACUGUGUUGUACCCGCUGACGGAGCGAAGGGGAGCUGCCGCUACUUCACACGGUCUCGAGUCUCUUGUUGUGGCCACUAAGGGAACCAUCCAUACCGUCAUGGAUGAAGGUGUCGGUAAUGACUCAAAGGUGAAGAUGAUGGUAGCGCUAAUGGAUGCUCUACUAGCUGCUGUGCAGCACAAUGCUCCCUCCUCGGCCCCCGGGGCGCCCGUGUUAGUCCACAGCGCUGCCUACCCUGGGGGUAUCGCUUCCAUGUCUGCUGGAUCUUUCGCCCUGGAUGACUCUCUGGGCCCCAACGCUCGGUUCUCUGUCUACUACUACGACUUAAAUCACGUGGGCAACGCCAUCCAGCUGACGGCACCCUCAGGACAGAUGAUCGCCUCCGUCAACGUGCAAGAGGAAGAUGGGGAUGUCAACAUGAUCUUCAUAAGUCUUGAGAAAGCUGAGCGAGGUUUGUGGACGUACAGCGUGGAGAACCGUGCAGACUCCCACCAGGGACUCUACGUGCAAGUGACAGCCAAGAGAAACUCAUCGAUGGGUCUACAGGUGAAGCUGUGGACAAGCUCUGGCUCUCGUCCCGUCAACUCGUCUGACCCGUCGACGCCAGUAGUGAUCUACGCCGAGGUGAAGGAUGGCGUGGCACCCAUCAUGGAUGCCAGAGUGGUAGCCAAGUUGCAGAGACUUGGCACCAACGCCACAGGCAGCAACUACCAGCCUAUCUUCUUAGAUCUCUGGGACAACGGCAUAGGAGAUCCAGACAUCACCAAAGGCGAUGGUGUAUACUCCCGCUACCUGCCCUCUUUACCUGACCCAGGACGCUAUCUCCUGAGUGCUGAUAUAGACUAUAACAGCGGGCUGGCUGUGAUAGCCAAGGGUCCCCCCACACGCCACCACAAGAGCUCCUCAGCGCACCUUCCUCACUACUACCAGCACAACUACGACAACUGGAACAACGAGCAGUCUUGUUGCGGCUCUGUGCUACCUCACGUCCACACCCGUCGCGCUCCACCCUUCUUGCGUUACGUUACUUGGGGUGUUCUCGAAGUGGUGUCUCCGCCUCCCGUGCGGGACAACGUUCCUCCCUCACGCAUUCUGGACCUCCGCGUGGAGGUGAACGAUACAGUACACGAGAUCAGUCUUCGCUGGACAGCGCCAGGAGAUGACUGGGAUGUGGAUCGCGCACAUCAUUACGAGGCAGUGGUGGCACCCUUCUGGAGGGAGGCUAGAGCUUUCCAGGGUGACAGGCUAACAGGUCUGCCCCAGCCUCUCCCUGCAGGCACCCUGCACACCACCAGCCUCCGCUUCACCAGAUACGAAGAGCUCUGGUACGUGACGGUGCGGGCAGUGGACGAGGCUGGGAAUAUAGGUGGAGUGGGUAACAUUGCCACACUGUGGGUACCACGUCCUCCCACCACCUACGAGAUUACCACCAGGACCCAGCCAGCCCUAACCACCUCCGGUAAUUACACGAUGCCCUCAGAGCUUGGAUCAGGUCGUCCUGUAGGAAUGACCGAACUUCAGCUGGAAGAUGUGGCUGUUAUACUGGGCAGCAUUGGUGGAUUUCUGAUUGUAGUAGCAGUGUUGGUCUCCUACUGCUACUGCCACACUAGCAAAAGACGCAAACAAAAGCACGAGAAGGGCGUGGAGAAAGUGCAAGGCAGCAGCAGUGUUAUGGUAAAGUCGAGAUCUCUGGGUAUCGAGGAAGGCGGUGGCAGCCACGAGUCUCUAGAUAGUGUGGUCAAGGAUACAUCUGAACCUACUAGAGACGGCAGACCACUUUCUCCGGUCCAGUCAUGGGGCGCAACCACUCUCCUACAAGAACACGAACGUCGCCUCUCGGUCCACAGUGGUGCUGCCGAAGACGGUAUGGUGGCCUACCAGGUGGACGGCAACCCUCUGCAGGCACCUUUCCCGGACGUAACAGUGACGGAUUACCGACCAGUGUCCAGCGAACCCCAAGUCUUUGUUCCCUGCCCGCACGAGGAAGCUCCCUGUCACUGCUCCGUUCCGGGACCAGACUACACCAGCUACGCCGCCGCCUGGGACGAACCCUUAACCGGUCACCUUCUCUCCCGUGCCCGCACCGCUGCCCCCACGCCCGCCCCCCAUCUGCCACACCUGCCACAGGCUGACCGCAAGCGUCGCAAUGUGACCCAGGUGUAAGAUACCACAGGUGCGGUGGUACUGCAAGGUAUCGGCAGGUGCCAAGAGGCUCAGGUGUGAGGUGCUCUCUGCUCAAUUUAGCCCAUACUUAAUCUAAACACUCAUUCGAGUUGCAGUGUUCAAAAAGUGUUGAAUUCUUCCACUAUUGGAAUCGUGAUCGGUGGUGUGCAAAACAUUGUGCUCAGACUGUGCUGCAACGCCAUUACAGACACUGUGCCGUGACGCUGCUACAGACACUGCUCCGUGACGCCAGUAUAGACACGAACAAUGACUCCUUCCUUUCCUCCUCAAGGAAACUAUCUGGCUAGGAAGCUCGCAGCUACAACGACACAUUCCUCAAGUAUUAGUGAGUAAAAUACAAACCAGAAAGCUUCAACCAAGUUUAAAGACAAACUCAGAGAAACGUUUAACAGUGAAAAUUUAACACUUGUGACACGACAGUGAUCUCAGCGUCAAACUCACUUGCUCUUGCUGUUAAUGGAGCUGUCGGCUCCGACGAGUAUUUCAGUUGGAGUGAUCUCAAUUGCAUUAUAAUCGUUAUAUCGGCUUUUGGUUGAAUGUUGAAUGCUUGUAUUGCUUCAGUUUUGAAUGAACUGCAUCAGGAACGAAUGUGAGGGACCAAAUAUAUUCUGUAUUCAGCAAUGUUUUUGAGAACUUUAUAUACCCAAUUUUUAUGAUCACCUUCAUUUAAAAUGCGCAUAUCAUUAAUCAUGUAAUAUGCUGGACAAAGUCUCAAAAUAUGUAUAGGCUUAAUGAUUUAUGUGAUAAAUGUGUACAUAACUCGAUGUGAUUAGCUUUCCUACGUCAGUCUUUUUCUCGCCCUUCAAAAUGCAUUUCUAAAACACCUUUUCCUGAUUUUUCCAAUGUCUUUAUCAUAUUAGUGUAAUUCUACUACUAUUCUUCCUUUCUUUUAUUUAACUCUUGUUUCCUUUGAUAUUUCACUAUAUAUCAAUCUAUAUGCAGAUUUCUCUCUCCUAAUCAUAUUUACAUAUAAGCAUUUCUCACUACCCAGUUUCCUAUACAUUACUCUAUAAUCUCACCGCAAAAGGAUUUGGAGGCUAACCAUGACGGUCAUAUGAAAGUAUUUACAUCCAUAAGCCCCUUUAAAACCUUGAUUCUCUCUCCAUUUGCCCCCCCCCCAUCCUGCAUAGUUUUCAUCCUGCAUCAUCCCAAGCUGAACCUCCCUUACCUCCAUCAUACCUAAAUCCUCCAUCGUACUCCCACCCUUAGUCCUCUGAAUCCUCCAUCUUUCUCUCAACCCAUAUCAGUCUUCAUCCCCGUAUAUCCUUCAUUCCUUCCAUCAUACCCUCCUGAACUUUCCCCUCCUUCCGUAGGAACAAACUACAGUAUUUACACUUUACUGACAAAACCGUCAAGGCAUGAACAGGGUGUAACGCUUUUCAUGUUGUAAAUGCUUUGUGAUAAUCAUGUGAAAAGGGUAAAAAAAAAAAAUUCAGGCGAAUUAGUGUAUAAGUUUAGGCUAGAAUUAUUUAGUGUUUUGCAGGACAGUAAAGGCAAAGCGGAGAGUGUGAUGCUGCUUGCCAGAGAUAAAACACUUCUGGUUUUCAUUUCCGUUGUUUUAGUAAGAAAAAUAUUUGGUUUACAGCGCCAAAGGGAAAGAAGAAAAGUGUUGGUGGAUGAUUGAAGAUCACUGGACCAAAACAGUCAAUAAUUCUGGCCUUCAAUCCAGCAUUUAUUUUUUUCCUGAGAUACACAGCACACCAGAUUUACUACCUCCCCCUCCCCUCCUUACACUAAGACAACACAGCACCUGCCUUCCUUCCCUCACCUGAUGAUAUACAGCACUAUACCGUACCUGUAAUUCCUUCGUAACCAACUAUACAUAAUAUAGCACCGUACCUACCUUCCCUCUUGCCCUAAGAUAUCUUCCCUUUUAGUCUAAGAUAACCUUGACAAUACCGUAUUUACCCUCCCCUUACCCUAGGAUAUCCAGCACAGUGCAGUACCUACCACACUAACAUUUAUAAAAAGAGCACAAUAUCAUACCUGUCCUCUUUCUUAUCCUGAGAAAACAAGCACCGUACUGACCCCCUUACUCAGAAUACCUAGCACCUUUUUCCCCCUUUGAGGUACCAGAACACUAUCAUACCUCCCUGUCCCUCCAAAACGGAAGAGAAUAUAAUUUUCUUAUUAACCCGAUAUACAGAUUAAAAGAUCAUCUCCGACAUUGAUUAAAGCUCUUCUUCCAACACUGUUUUUAUCUCCUCCUCAGCACGUCUUAAAUCCGUUCCAGCAACAUUCAUUUAAUACGAUUUCCAACAAUAAUCUCUUCCCUCCAACAUCACUUUAACCUCUCCAGCACAAAUUAAAUCUCUAUAACAUUACUUUCACCCCCUCAGCAAGUGAUUAAACCCCUCCCCCUUCAACACCAACUUAACCCCCUCCUCCCCCCCCCCUGAAUGUUUCGGUGUUAGGUUGUUUGUUGCUCUAUAUUAAUUGUGAUUCAUAUACAAGUCUGGGAGGUCAGACUUGUGUAGCCUCGAGGCAUUAUACUAUUUUCUUACUGUGAGAUAGAGGAGCGCUGGACGUAACAUGUACAUGAACGUUGUAAAGUGUUUUGCACUAGUCAUUAAAGGUUGCCAUGUGGAUGUAUC